GGACGGGUUGUAAAGAAUGGGUGGAAUCAUACAUAUGUUUUGUUUAUAAAUAUAUAGUUUAUAUUAUUGUAGAAGAGUAUCUAUUUAAUAAAACCCAUAAUAAAUAACAAAAAAGUUCAUAUCGGAGUUUUAAGACAAAAAUAUCUGUUGAGUGCUUGUGACUAAAAGCGUAUGAAAGAUGACAGACGAAAUAACACUAAAUAUUUUAACGUUGAAUUGCUGGGGUAUACCAUAUGUUUCAAAACACAGAGAAGCCCGUAUGGAAGCAAUUGCAGAGAAAUUUUCAACCGAGAAUUAUGACAUUAUUUGCUUGCAAGAAGUAUGGUCCAUUAAUGAUUUUAAGAUGAUUAAAGCAAAGACACAAGAACUGCUACCUUAUUCGCAUUAUUUUUAUAGUGGUGUUCUUGGAUCAGGGAUUUGUGUCUUGUCACGUUAUCCUAUUCUAGAUGUAGUAUUUCAUAAAUGGCCUUUAAAUGGUUAUGUGCACAAAAUACAUCACGGAGAUUGGUUUGGUGGAAAAGGUGUUGGACUUUGUAGACUUAAAGUUCAGGGUUUGAAUGUUAAUGUUUACAUUGCACAUCUGCAUGCAGAAUACAGUAGACAUAAUGAUGAGUAUUUAGCGCAUAGAGUUCUACAAGCAUUUGAUACUGCCCAAUUUAUUAGAAUGACUUCUGGCAGUGCUGAUUCUGCAAUAUUAGGAGGUGAUCUCAACGCAGAGCCACAAGAUUUAGCCUAUAAAAUCAUGUGUGGUGUUGCUGGUUUAGCUGAUGCUUGCUCAAACAGUUUAAGUAAUUUAGGGACCAAUGAGUGUGCCAAUAACAGUUACACAAGUUCCAAAUUGGCGAGUACAUUCCCUGCAGGCAAACGUAUAGAUCACAUUUUAUACUUGCAUUCGAAGCUUUAUAAAAUCGAGGUGACAGAUUUUCAUCAUCCUUUUCCAGAACGUGUACCUUACAAACAAUUUAGUUAUUCUGAUCAUGAAGCUAUUAUGGCUACAUUGAAAUUUAGCCCUGGUCAGUCCCAGCCAGUGAAUCCAGAUGUUAGAGAUUCGUUGAAAGAGGCUAUAAAUAUAUGCGAAACAUCAUUGAAAACUGUUCACCGACAACGUAUUUGGUAUUUAAUAUUAACUUGUAUUUUAGGAGUACCACUAAUUUGGUCUAUGGGAUUGGAUUAUUCCGUUGCAUCUGUGGGUGUUACCAUUGGGCUCAAUAUACUACGCAUCUUUUUAACUGCGACAGUGUGUUAUACUCUCUUCAUGGGCACUAUAUGGAAUAGUAUAGAAAAAAAUGCUUUGAAAGCGGGGUGUUUAGGAAUGGAAAUUCAUUUGACAAAUUUGAACAAUAACUUAUUUAAAAAUUGAAAG